AUGGAUUGGUCUAACGAAAAAAUUUUAGAAUCUAUUAAUUAUUACGAGUCCGAGCCGAUAUUGCGGAACCCGAAAAAUGUUGGCCACAAAAGAAAGGAUAUAAAAUAUGCUGCUUCGGUCAGAAUAAAAAAUAAUCUAAGUUGGGAGUGUACAGUCGAAGAUUUAAAAAAGAAGCGGAACUCCCUUAUGGCAUGUUAUAGGGAACAUUUAAAUAAGAUCAAUUAA